AUGCGGAAAAACUUCUUGGCUUCGAAGGUGAUCCACUGGAACUCACCCAAGAAGCUGCGGGUGAAGAACAAGCACGUGGAGUUCUUCCGCAACCUCUACCUGACCUUCCUGGAGUACGACGGGAACCUGCUGCGCAGGGAGCUCUUUGGCUGUGCCAGUCUCCCCAGCCCGCCCAGCAACCAGCUGCAGCGGGCACUGGAGGAGUUGGACGAGGAUGAUCCCUGCUACGACUUCCGCCGGCAGCACCUCACCCAGCACCGCGUCCACCUCUUCUUCCUGCAGUACGAGUUCCUGGCCUUUCCCAACCCCACCGAUGUCACCCUGGUGGCCCAGCUCUCCAUGGACAGGUUACAGAUGUUGGAGGCCAUCUGCAAACACUGGGCAGGUCCCAUCAGCCUGGCGCUCUACAUGUCGGACGCGGAGGCCCAGCAGUUCCUGCGCUACGCCCAGGCCUCCGAGGUGCUGAGCGCCCGCCGCAACGUGGCCUACCACAUCGUCUACAAGGAGGGGCAGUUCUACCCCAUCAACCUCCUGCGCAACGUGGCCUUGGCCAACACGCAGACGCCAUACGUCUUCCUGACGGACAUUGACUUCCUGCCUAUGUAUGGCCUCUACGAUUACCUCAGGAACUCCAUCCAGCAGCUGGAGCUGCCCCAGAGGAAGGCAGCUCUCAUCGUGCCGGCGUUCGAGACCCUGCACUACCGCUUGACCUUCCCCAAAUCCAAAGCCGAGCUGCUCUCCAUGCUGGACAUGGGCUCCCUCUACACCUUCAGGUACCACGUGUGGCCGAAAGGCCAUGCCCCAACUGACUAUGCCAAGUGGCGGACAGCCACUGUGCCGUACCGCGUGGCGUGGCAGCCAGACUUCGAGCCUUACGUUGUAGUGAGGCGAGACUGCCCCAAGUACGACCAGAGGUUCGUGGGCUUCGGCUGGAACAAGGUGUCCCACAUCAUGGAGCUGGAUGCGCAGGAAUAUGAGCUGCUGGUCCUGCCCAACGCCUUCAUGAUCCACAUGCCCCAUGCCCCCAGCUUUGACAUCUCCAAGUUUCGCCUGAGCGCCGGGUACCGGGGUUGCCUCCAGACCCUGCGGGAGGAGUUCCACCAGGACCUGUCACGGCGAUAUGGGGCUGCUGCCCUCAAAUACCUCACCGCCGAGAGGAGCCCGUGAGGCCGGGGGACAGCGGGGGUGCCAGCAGCACGCUGGGGAAACUGGGAGCAUGAGGUCCUCCCUCCUGCCCCGACCCACUGCUGCAGCCUGGCCUGAGGGAGCCAGGAUCGCCAGCUUCUCCAGCCCAGCCAGGAUGGGAUGCCCCCAGCCAAGAGGGAAGGUGCCAGCUGCCAGAAGAGGCAGUGCCUGCAGGUCGAGGGGGGUUCUAUCGGGGUGGCAGCCUUCCCGUGUUACAGGGGAACCUCCCCCUGCCCGGGGACAGGGGGACGGGUCUCCUCCCUCCCCUGUUUUUAGCAGAUUUGGAUUCUCAGCUUUCCUUAGCUCACCUCACCUUCAGGCCCGGGAGCUUGACCUUACCCCGCUCUGCCUCUGCUCUGCGGUCCCGGGUCCCAACCCUCCUCCCCACACCCCUCCCAGGGCUUUGGGGAGGGGGAGACAAAGGAUGCAGAGCAUCUUUUUUGCAUCCUUUGUGGAGCCCACCUCAGAGGAAGCCUCCCAGCACCCUGGGUGGUGGGGCCAGGGAGUGCCAGGAGCCGUGGAGACCUGGUUCAAGCCAGGACCAAGGCUGGGCUGGUUGAUGGGAUGAAAUACUGUUACUGCCCAUCCGUAUGGAUGCAGAGUCUCCAAUGGGGUUGGCCCAGUGCUGGUGCUGGGGGAGUCACCAGGGGCAGGAAGGGCUGUCUGCUGUCCCCAGCCAUGAGCUGCUGGAAUGGGCCGGUGCCUCCCGGCUGGAAGUAGCCAUCCUGCCCCAUCCUGGGGUUGCCAACCGCACCAUCACCAGGAGGCAAAGCCAUGGGGGCCAGCAUGUGCUGGGGAGAAAUUCGUGGCGAGGGGGACACCACCCAGCUCCUCUCCAGCUCUGGGCAGCACAGAUGUUGCCAUCAGCAGUGGGGGACGUGGUUGGCACUGGAGGAGACCGUAGCGCUGUGGUGGGAUCCCCACGCCGGGAGCAGCUUGGCAGGGCACCCUUCCACCGCUGUCACACACUGGAGCACAGAGGAUGCGUCGCUUUCCUCACGCUAUUUAAAUUAUUUAAUACUUUUCUCAUAAGAAUUCAAUGAUUAGGGUGUCUUGGGGUUGUUUUUUGGGGGGUUUUUGGUUUGGUUUUUUUUUUUUUCAAUCUUUUCUUCUUCCCGGAUGAUUUUGCUGGUGGCCCUGGAGGCUCUCCAGGCCAGUGGCUGCUGUGGUCUCUGCUGGUGUCUCCUCAGCCUUCCUCUGGGCUGCGAGGGCGUCCGUCCACAGCGGGAGCAGCGCGGAGGAGCCACGCGAAGCGCGGGGUACGGAAAGGGCACAAGCGCCUCUUGCUUUCAUUCUCUCUUUUUUUAAUUUAAUUUUUAAAUUAAAGCUUUUUUUAUUCUUUUUUCA